AUGACUUCAAUAAAUUCAAUACAAUCUCUGAUCCUGGACUUACCUCCAAGCUGCAUCGAGUUUUGCCCUGUAGCUCGUGACUACUUUGUGGUCGGUACAUACUUCCUCGAGAAGAAGGAGCAAGAAGCAACUGCGGAAGACACCACAGAAAACAAUAAUGACGAAGAGAGCGAGGAAGUGGAGAAGAAGCCUCAAACAAGAACAGGAUCAUUGAUUCUAUUCAAGGUUGAAGAUGAUAAAGCCAUCCAAGUCUCAACAACACAAACCCCCUACGCAAUCCUCGACAUCCAUUUCUCACCACACGACCCAACCCUUCUAGCCGUAGCAGGCAGCACAGGUUGCGUCCAACUCUUUAAUCUCCAAAGCACCGCUUCCUCAGCUUCUCUCUCCCCCCUCAGCACUUAUCAAUACUUCGGUCCCUCCACUCUAGUUCUUUCACUAGCUUGGCAUCCCACCAUGCAUUCUAUCCUAGGCGUCACCACAUCACCAGGACAGGUUUAUCUGGUAGAUACUUCACUUCCAGCAGCAGAGGUUGAGGGCACAGCGAAGGAAAUCCUAGCGCAUGAUCUAGAAGCCUGGACACUUUCCUUCUCUUCCUCAGGCACUUCAAUCUAUUCGGGAGGCGACGAUGCCACAUUACGCUUUUCCGGCCUUCCUGCGUCUCUCAACUCCACCAACACCACUACAUCGAACGAAGACGAUGAACAAGAGGAACAAGAAGAUCAACAAUACGUCCUCACAUGGCAAGACCGCCGCGCCCACAACGCAGGCGUGACAGCCAUCCUCCCUCUCCCCUCCGAACAAGAUAUCCUCAUCACAGGAAGUUACGACGAUAACAUCAGAGUCCUAUACGCUCCUUUACAGGGAAGAAAACAAGUACUCGCGGAAGAGAAUUUGGAAGGUGGGGUUUGGAGGUUGAAGAUGUUGAGGGCUGAGGGUGAGAAGUCGAGAUAUACUGUUUUGGCUAGUUGUAUGCAUGCGGGUGCUAGGAUUGUGGAGGUCAAGAAGGAUGAAGGGGGAGAGUGGACGAUUGAGGUGUUGGCCAAGUUUGAAGAGCACAAGAGUAUGAAUUAUGGUAGUGAUGUGCAGCCUGGGUCUGAAAAUGGUGGUGAGCAGACUAUCAUCUCGACGAGCUUUUACGAUAAACUGUUAUGCUUGUGGAGAUUCACUCUGCCUUGA